CAGCUUCAGUGAAGCACGCGCCCAAGAGGAGCCAGCGAAGCCUGUGCCCUCCUCCUGGCGCUGCGGCCGGAAGCUGCGUCUCGAGGCUGAGACGGCAUCGGGGGCCGGCCGGAGCGGUUUGGCGGUUGCACCGGGCAAGAUGGCGGAUCGGGAGGAGGCGCUGAGGGAGUUCGUAGCCGUGACUGGAGCCGAGGAGGAGCGAGCGCGCUUCUUCCUGGAGUCGGCUGGCGGGGACCUGCAGAUUGCUUUGGCCAGUUUUUAUGAAGAUGGAGGUGACGAAGACAUCAUCACACUCCCACAGCCAACUGCUAGCUCCGUUACCAGAGGCACUGCGCCCAGUGACCACAGGGUGACGUCAUUCCGGGACCUUGUCCAUGCUCAGGAGGAGGAGGAGGAAGAGGAAGAAGGACAAAGAUUCUAUGCUGGGGGCUCAGAGCGAAGUGGGCAGCAGAUUGUUGGUCCUCCAAGAAAGAAGAGUCCCAACGAGCUGGUGGAGGAUUUGUUCCGAGGGGCCAAAGAACACGGAGCGGUGGCUGUUGACAGAGCCGCGAAGAGCCCCGGAGAAACCAGCAGGCCAAAACCCUUUGCAGGCGGAGGGUACCGCCUGGGAGCUGCCCCUGAGGAGGAGUCUGCUUAUGUCGCAGGAGAGAUGAGACAGAAUGCUGCUCAAGAUGUGCAUGUGGUCCUGAAGCUGUGGAAGAGCGGGUUCAGCCUGGACAGUGGAGAGUUGAGGAGCUAUCAAGAUCCAUCCAACUCCCAGUUCCUGGAAUCUAUCCGCAGAGGGGAGGUCCCUGCAGAGCUUCGUCGGCUGGCACGUGGAGGGCAGGUGAACUUGGAUCUGGAGGACCACCGUGACGAGGAUUUCAUGAAACCCAAAGGUGCCUUCAGGGCUUUCACUGGAGAAGGGCAGAAGCUGGGCAGCACUGUCCCCCAAGUGAUGGGGGCAAGCUCUCCAUCCCAGCAGGCUGAAAACGAAGCCAAAGCCAGCUCCUUGGUCACCAUCGAUGAGUCGGAGCCCACCACCAACAUCCAAAUCCGGCUUGCAGAUGGCGGGCGGCUUGUCCAGAAAUUCAACCACAGUCACAGGAUCCGUGAUAUCCGGCUCUUCAUAGUGGAUGCCAGGCCCACACUGGCUGCCACCAGCUUUGUCCUCAUGACCACCUUCCCGAACAAAGAGCUGUCGGACGACAACCAGACCCUGAAGGAAGCCAAUCUACUCAAUGCUGUCAUUGUCCAGCGGGGAAUAUAACGGAGCUUGUAUGCCCACGUGGCGUAGCACUCCUGGGUGUGUGCACGGGGCAGUCUGUGGUGCCACGGCCAAGUCGUAGCGCUGGGUUCCAAGCUCCUGAGUUGGACUCCUUAGUUGCGUUUCCCACGUUUCUUUUUUUGUGCUGGUCCAUGGACUUUACAAACAAAAAAACAAAACAAAGAAAGUUAACUCAGACACAAACUGUUGAAAGGAAAUACUGUUGGGUCUGCCACACACCCCUACUGGAUAAUUGGUGGAGCAGAUAGCCAUGCUGUCCUGAGCAGGAGGGUGGGGGAGAGGGUGAAGAGUGCAUGGUUCUCCCCUCAUGCACACACUCAUUUCCUGCUCCAGGGGUCGCCCCCCCAAAAAAAUGUUCCCUCUUUUCAGUGUAUUAAAUAAAGUGAACCCCUGAGCUGGGGCCUCUGUUCUUUGUUGCCAACCAAGGCCCCUGUGGGUACUUGUGUGCUGUGUGUGGAUUGAAGGUGGGGCACCAGAGGGUCCAAAGCUCGCUCUCCUUUAGAUGUCCCGACAUCUCCCCCUACCUACCACCACCAGCACGGCCUCCUUACCAUCUUCUCUCUCCAUCCCUGCUUGGCUGUGUGGUAGCAUGUGGAAGCAGGGCUUCUCUGACGAGCAGACCCUAAAAAAACACUGGUUAUGCUAUAUGUGCAGGCAGCAUCUAAAGGGUGUUCCCCUCUCCCCCACGUGAAGUGGCCAUUUGUUUUUAAGGCACAUGACAUAAAAGGAAAAAACUAGAGGGGUUCUCAAACUAGAUUAUGUAGGACUAUGCCUCCCAUCAUCCUUUGGCCAUUGUCACUGAGGAUGGUGGGAGUUGUAGUCCAACAACAUCUGGGAAUCCAAGUUUGAGAACCCAUGAAUUGGACCAUUACUUGAGUGGCAGGCUUUAAAACCCACGGGUGAGGAAGGAGUGUGGUCAGAAUGUGUGACUCAGUUUCCUCCUCCUCAAUGCUUUCUAUAGAUCCCUGCAGUUGAAAUCUCUGGUACUUCUUGAAUUUGGGAUCCAGGUGCCUGACUUCUUUUUAAAAGAAAAGAAAAAAGAAUUCCUCAGCUGCCUGCUCUAAAUUCUGUCUUCGAGGCCCUGCUUUUUCAGAAAACAGGAAAGAGGCCAUUGUUGUCUCAUCCUUAACAGAGGAUGCCUGAGGCAAGCACUACUUGAAGAGCUUUCUCCUUGCUUGGAAAUGAAAGCCUUGCAGGGAAAGUAGGUGUGAGAGCGUUUCCAUUUUUGCAGCUUGGGCCUGUUCUUUUGCUCCUCUUCUGUGGCUUCCACUGGGGAGAUCAGACACUCGGGCUACCCCUGCUGGGGAGGGGGAGCUGUUCUCUCAGUGGGAGCAGAAGCCGCUUGCAUCAGGAGGCGGGACUGUUUUCAGGGAAAGGGAGGCUGGAUCCAAGCCAGGCUGAUCCCACAUCCAGAAAUCCUUGGGUUAUUAUUGCUCUUGAAACUCCAGGAGUGGAUAUUUCUCAUGGCUAAAUGGGUCCACACCGUAUGUUGGGCGGUGAACUCUGUAAAUUAUUGUGACAAGUUUGUGAGUAUUAAACAUCCAAACCAAACCCA